UCUUGGAUUCUGCUGUAAUAGCGCUAAUAAUAUGAAUAAGAAAUUCCAGUCUAUAAUGGGAGGGGUUUUUCCUAGUACUAUUGUCAAUUCGGAUGGGUUCUCUCUACGAUUUCUUCAACGAAAGAAGAAUGCGUGAUGCAGGAACUGUCACAUUUUUCUAUAUAAAAUAAAUAUCAAAUAAAUUGGUAAAUUUGAAUAUCUUUCUUCAACAACAUGUUUAAGAAUUUCAUUCUCGAAAAGAAACUAUCAGUUCUCGAUAAAAUGAAGCUUGAAGAAGAAAACGUAGAUAAUCCGUUUAAAGGUAAAAGAUAGUAAUAAAGUCAAAUAAGUCUAUAUUACUUAUAGCGUAAUUUUUGUAUAGAUAUGAUAUAUAAGGAUUAUCAAGAGAGGACACGCGAAUAAAAAAUAUUACAAACGUAGAUUUUAUAAGGAAGCUUCAGUUGAUGAUGGUAUUUCACUUGUGUCUUUCAUAUUGAAAUAUUUACUAUGCUAAUGAUAUUUCUAUUGUUAGUUGGAGCAUCUAGUGGAACAAAAAGAAAGCAAAACUCAAGUUUCAAGCAAGCUAAACAGCAAUCCAAACAACAAAAGGAGAGGACAAACUCAACAGUAAUUUGCAAAAGCUGUCAACAAAUGCUUGCAAGAAACCUUGGCUUUCCAUAUAUAGCUUUCACUAGAAAACUUCCGUUGGACUCUAUCGUCAAGAGUGAUUACAGAGAGAUACUCAAAAACAAGAUUAUUGUCAGUUCAAGAGACAUCCGCAAUAUCGUAUCCAGGGCGAUGCUAUUGACUAAUAGUUACUGUUUGUCGAAAUCCCAUGAUUUCAUACCUCACGCUAUUUUCACACAACAAUAUUGGUACUCAGUGCGCCAACUGGUCAAUGGAAAGAAAAUAACGAAUAGCGCCAAUACAUCAUUAGACCUCACAUCAUACUGGGAUGCUUUUAAAGACACAAAUCCAACUUGCAAAGAGCUGGAGACGUGCUACAACAACCAUAUUGUUGAACAACGAUUGCUGUAUUUUUUAAAUACAAACUGCAGAAUUUACUCAUGA